AUGCGGACCAGUUUGGCUGUGGCGACCCCUAUAAACAGUGUUGGAUGGGAUGUGUGGUUACCGGUGAUAGGGAUACCAGAGGCGCAGCGCAGACCAUCCUGCAUCAUGAAGGCGGAUGUGAGCUUACAGCAAUGGAGAUCUCUUUGUAAGAACAGGUCGGUUUUAUCGGCCGCAGUGUUCGUGUUAAUCCAGGCUGCUCGGAUAAACGCUGAUGACGGAGCGAUGGAGGAGCUGACUACAGAGAAGGAGGCUGAAGAAAGUCACCGCCAGGACAGCGUCAAUUUACUCACAUUCAUUCUCCUACUGACACUCACUAUUCUAACCAUAUGGCUGUUCAAACACAGACGAGUGAGGUUCCUGCACGAAACCGGACUGGCGAUGAUCUACGGUUUACUGGUGGGCGUGAUUCUGCGGUAUGGUAUCCCCUCCACCAGUUACCACCAUCAAACGCCUCCGAGCUGCUCUCUGAAGGAAGGUCCGGUCAGCACACUGCUGCUCAAUAUUAGCGGCAAGUUCUUUGAAUACACGCUGAAGGGCGAGAUCAACUCCCGUGAAAUCCACAAUGUGGAACAGAACGACAUGCUUCGUAAGGUGACUUUUGACCCAGAAGUGUUUUUCAACAUCUUGCUUCCUCCCAUCAUUUUCCAUGCUGGAUACAGCCUUAAAAAGAGACAUUUCUUUAGAAAUCUGGGCUCCAUCAUAACAUACGCUUUUCUGGGAACAGCCAUCUCCUGCUUUGUUAUUGGGAAUCUCAUGUAUGGAGUGGUGAAGCUGAUGCAGAUGGUCGGCCAGCUCACUGAUAAAUUCUAUUACACAGACUGCCUCUUCUUCGGAGCGAUCAUUUCAGCUACAGACCCAGUCACUGUUUUGGCUAUCUUCAAUGAGCUUCAUGCUGAUGUGGAUCUCUAUGCCCUGCUGUUUGGCGAGAGUGUGAUGAACGAUGCAGUGGCCAUCGUCCUCUCUUCAUCUAUUGUGGCCUAUCAACCCACUGGCACAAACACUCACACGUUUGAUGCCUCAGCAUUCUUUAAAUCAGUUGGCAUUUUCCUGGGUAUCUUCAGUGGCUCUUUUGCGAUGGGCGCAGUCACUGGGGUCGUCACUGCUCUUGUCACUAAAUUCACCAAGCUGCACUGUUUUCCUCUGCUGGAGACUGCGCUCUUCUUCCUCAUGUCUUGGAGCACCUUCCUACUGGCCGAGGCUUGUGGCUUCACAGGUGUUGUAGCAGUUUUAUUUUGUGGGAUCACACAGGCUCACUACACCUCCAACAAUCUGUCAGAGGAGUCUACCAAACGCACCAAACAGCUGUUUGAAGUGCUGCACUUCCUGGCGGAGAACUUCAUCUUCUCCUACAUGGGUCUGGCUCUCUUCACCUUCCAGAACCACGUCUUUAGCCCUAUCUUUAUCGUCGGAGCAUUUAUUGCCAUCUUUAUAGGUCGAGCCUCUAACAUCUACCCUCUGUCCUUCCUGCUAAACCUCGGCCGAAGGCACAAAAUUGGUGGAAACUUCCAGCACAUGAUGAUGUUUGCCGGACUGCGAGGAGCGAUGGCGUUUGCUUUGGCGAUCCGUGACACAGCAACCUACGCCAGGCAGAUGAUGUUCACCACUACACUGCUCAUUGUGUUCUUUACUGUCUGGGUUUUUGGAGGAGGAACUACACCCAUGCUGUCCUGGCUGCACAUCAGGGUCGGCCAGGCUUCAGACUCAGAGAAGGAGCGAUUGCUGAAGCUGUGGGGAUAUCUCAGAGUUGGAGUGGACCCUGAUCAGGAUCUUCAGGCGUGUAUAGAUAGCUUCCAGGUCUUGCAAGGGGAUGGAAGUCAACAAGGCGGCCAGAGUAAAACCAAACAGGAGAGUGCCUGGCUCUUUAGAAUGUGGUACACUUUUGACCACAACUACCUGAAACCCAUCCUGACCCACAGUGGCCCUCCACUCACUACCACCUUACCGGCCUGCUGUGGACCCCUGGCACACUGCCUCACUAGCCCUCAGGCCUAUGAGAACAGUGAGCAGCUACCAGACACGGAUUCUGACCUCAUUCUAACUGACGGAGACCUGUCACUGACCUACGGCGACACCGCCAUCACAGUCAACGGUGCAUCAGCUUCAACUGGCUCGAAGAGCACCAAACGCAAUGGCAGCACAUCCGAAGAGGCGCUGGAGCGCGAGCUGGACUCACGGGAGCAGGAGCUGCUGAGCCGGGGCACACGGCUGGUUUUCCCAAUGGAGGAUCAUCCCUGAGAUCACCCGCUGUAGCUGUAUAAUCCGUCCAUAUUAGACCUGAGCCUUCUCACCCUGCACAUUCUCUCUGUCACUCUGACGCUUUACUCCAUCCAGGUCAUUAAGAAACUGAGUCAAAAGAAGAGGAAGAUGGAGAGGUUCUGAGAGAUUCUGAUGAUGAAGUUGGAGCAUUCUCAUUCUUAUGUUCACUGAACUGCAUAAAUUGCAGAAUCCUGGGUAACCUAGAGCUGCCUAGUGAAUACAUGCUGUGAUCAUU